UUCUCAGCUCCUCCGCGGGAGGAAGCGGUGCAGCCGGCUCUGGGCUCAGCGUGUUUGCGGUGCUCGGUGGGAAUGGUUUGUGCGUGUCACCCGCGCUGCCAGAGACUUGGUGUCUCCCUGCUUCCGUCCAAGAAAGGACCAAAAGGGGCGUCUACCUAAAGACACACACACACACACACCACAAAAAGAGCAAGACCAUACCAAACAGAUAUGGACAACUCUUAUCCUCAGCGCUACCGUGCAGAUAAGAUCCUGGGAGCCACUUCCACAGAAAGGGAGAGUCUACAAGCUGGAGACGGGAUGCUCAGCACUUCCAAACCCUUGGCUUUCUCGAUCGAGCGAAUUAUGGCCCGGACUCCGGAACCAAAGCGGCUUCCUUCGCCAACCGCGCUGCAAGGCUCACUGUGCAAGGGCGAGCCCAAGCAUGUGUUCCACCUGAACUCCUCGGUGCCCUGCAUGAUCCCCCUAGUGCCCUUGGCUUACGACCCUCGCUCCAAAGUUGGCCCCGGCGCCCCGGAGCCCCGCAAGAGCCACCCGGAGAGUCCCUACGAGUGCGGCCGAGCGGCCGGCGGCAGACUCUCGCCUCCGCUGGAGCAGUACAGGGUCAUCCGGCCCCGGGUGGUGCACCAGUCUUCCUUCCAAGCCAUGGGGGCCCUGUGCUACCUGAACUGCGGCGAGAGCCCGUGCCCCUCGCCGGCCACCAUCUUCAACAUGCACCCGAUGGCCUCUUACCUGCUGGGCUCCCCGCUGGGGCUGCCCCAGAAAGCGGUGCUCGGUGACCGGAACAAGCUGGUUUUGCAGCCGCCGCCUCUGCCUCCGCCGCCGGUUGGAGCGGAGAGAUAUCCCGCCGCGGCGUUCAAGGAGCUCUCACCCGCUCAGCUGCAGCAUUAUGUCAAGGAGAGCGCCCAGUUCCUCUCGGAGAAACUCCACCUGAAACAUUCCUCCAAACUCAGCAACUCCUCGCAGAACAGCAAGCCCAAAGUGUUCACCUGUGAAGUCUGCGGCAAGGUCUUUAAUGCACAUUAUAAUUUAACCCGUCACAUGCCGGUGCACACUGGAGCUCGUCCAUUCGUUUGCAAAGUGUGCGGCAAGGGAUUCCGUCAGGCCAGCACGCUGUGCCGACACAAGAUCAUUCACACCCAGGAGAAACCGCACAAAUGCAACCAAUGUGGAAAAGCGUUUAACAGGAGUUCCACACUCAACACUCACACCCGAAUCCACGCGGGCUACAAACCCUUUGUCUGCGAGUUCUGUGGGAAAGGGUUUCACCAAAAAGGUAACUACAAGAACCACAAACUGACGCACAGCGGAGAGAAGCAGUUUAAAUGCAGUAUCUGCAACAAAGCUUUCCACCAAAUCUACAACCUCACCUUCCACAUGCACACUCACAACGACAAGAAACCCUUCACCUGCUCUGCCUGCGGCAAAGGCUUCUGCCGGAACUUUGAUCUUAAAAAGCACGUCAGGAAAUUACAUGAUAACUGCCCGGGACCCCGUCCCUCGGCAGCGGACAUGUCGGGAGAGGAGCAGACUCGGAAAUAACCAGUCGGGAAGGUGGCAGACACACAGCCAACAUAUAUACAUAUAUAUAUAUAAACUACAUAUAUUGUGUAACCAUUGGGUACAAUUUGCAUGCAGAUUUCUAUGAUCCACAGAUAUGAAUACGGAUUCAGACACGGAGAUUGUUGGGACUUGAGAGUCUUUUAUCUAAAACAGUUUGGGGAACUAUUUCGCUUCAUCUCAGGUUUGCAGAGAUGUUUAAAAAGAUAUAUAACGUAUUUAUUUGGAGCUUCUUUCGAUUUUAUUGGUGCAUGGAUUUCGUUCGUUUGAGUCUUCCCAUUCUCGCCUAGUAAUAGAUUAAUCGUGUUCAGUAAAUACGCUGGAAGUGGGGGUGACGGGGCUUUUUUUGGGGGGUGGGGGAGUGGGGGUGGCGGUGAUGAUUAUUAUCUUGAAACCCCCUCUUUCUACGAUGUUAAGAAAAAAAACCCUCCCUUCAUUUCUGAGUGUUUAAAGUAAUGUUCAUUCACACCACGAAGAGAAUUUGUUAUGACGUGACUGAUGUAUGUUCUGACGAUUAAAUAAAUUCUCACAAUUCUCCGGGGUUAUUUUGGGUGCUUUGAGAAUAUAAUUUAAAGU